AUGCCCAGCACCGCGACCAAGAUCCAGUCUGCCCUCGUGAUUGGAGGCUGUGGCUCUCUCGGCCAUCGAACCGUUGAGCAGCUCCUCAAGCUUGAGCCAACACCCCAGGUAGCCGUUUUCGACAUUCAAACCAAGAUCAAUAGAAUUCAAGAUGUGAAUUAUUAUGAUGUCGAUAUCACAAACAAAGACCAGAUAUACUCCGCCCUUGAAAGGUCACGCCCAGAAGUCAUAUUCCACACAGCUUCACCGCCUGCGGCUCUCUCAGACCUUCCGCUUUACAUGAGAGUCAACGUUGAUGGCACACGCAAUUUAAUCGAGUGUGCUAAAGAUUUGGGUGUGAAAGCGUUCGUAUACACAUCCAGUGCAUCGGUUGUUCAUGACUCCGUUAGCGACAUGACAGAUGGGGACGACUCACUCCCCCUCCUCUAUCUCCCAGACCAAACAGAAAUCUACUCGCACUCAAAAGCAGUAGCAGACCAGCUCGUUCUUAACGCGAAUAGCACAACCCCAGCGGGUAUGCUAACGAGCUGCAUUCGGCCCUCCAUGAUCUUCGGCGAGGGAGACUAUGUUACCGGCGAACUCGUCAAACGUGCUGCAGAAGGCAAAUACAAGUGGCAGAUCGGCGACGGCAAAAACGAAUGCGAUUGGACAUUCAAUGAGAAUGUAAUUCAUGCGCAGUUCCUAGCUGCGGAAGCUUUGCUUGACGCCCGUGUCCACCCACCAGCUUCCGAUGACAUGAAAGUUGCUGGUCAGGGAUUCCUCAUCACGAAUGAUGAGCACAUUUCUUUCUGGAAGUUCGCUCGGCUGAUCGGAAAUGCUGCUGGAUAUGCUACUAAAGAGGAGGAUGUUAGAUCGAUGCCGAAAGCCAUUGGAAUCUUGAUAGCCGCGAUUUCUGAGUGGAUAGUUUGGAUCAUGUCAUUCGGAAAGCAGAAGUCGCGGAUAAACAGAGUGGGCAUCAAGUUUAGUUGCAUGACUAGAACAUUUCAUAUUGAAAAAGCGAAAAGGGUCUUAGGUUAUAAGCCAAAAGUUAGCUUGAUGGAGGCUAUCGAGCGUAGCGGGAAGUCUUUCUAUCGGCCUCAAUCAAAAAAGAAUGCAUGA